AGCUUAUUCUUGUCGUGCACACGUACACGCCCCUUUGAUUCCGCAUUUCCUUUUCCUCGCCUGUUCUCGUUGACCGUCCGGCCUCGUCCUUCCCCCCCCCCCCUCUCCACUCCACUCACUUCCCAUUUUAUUAUUAUCUAUUCUCCGUCUGUCCAACGUUGCACUUCACAGGAGUGUUUCAUAUUCUCAAAGCCAAAACAUUUAAUUUUCUGUUGUUGCUGCCGCGCUCGCGUAAAGGAGCAAAGACGGCAGCGUUGCUUCUCAUAUUUCUUUAUUAUUUUUCCUUUUAUGAUGUUUCGCCUCAGCGGUGCACUGCGGCGCCGCAUUGGCUACGUCACCGACGUCGAAGGUGACUUCUCCUACUUCCAGCGUUACGUCUGCAUCUCACGCGUGGUCAAGUGGGAGGAAGUGAGUUCGCCCACUCGCGCAGAUACUCCGCUGAACGGUAACUCUUCUUGCGGUACGCAGAGGGCCGAUUCAAGCGGCAGCGUCGCCGCACGAUGGGCACCGCUGCAGAGUCCGCACGUACCCCGGCACGCGAGCACGUUGGCCCCGUCCGCACCGGCGUCUCCAUCCUCCUCGUCCCAGCCCUCGCCAGAAGGCGGUGUGGCGACUCCGAGUCCCACGCCCGCGUGCGCCGCAGACGCACCGGACGAUCGUUGCGACCCGACGUACAGCCACCUCAUCGACGUCUCCCGCUACCGACUUACCUUCCAGGACAGAAACUCCCACUUCGUGUUCGGCGGCGACGCCUUCGAUCACGGCGCUGACCUAACGCUCGGCCACGUCUUGUUGGACUUCAAGCGCCGCUACCCGGCCCGCGUGCACCUGCUGUUGGGGAACCGAGACCUGAACAAGAUGGUGAUGUACCCACGUAUGGCACUCGGUGUCGCGGGCAUGGAGGCGAACGCAGCGGAGAGGAGCUGCUUCGCGCUUCCGUCGCUGUCGAAGACGGCGAAGACCGCCGCAGGGAUGACGGAGCAGCUGCGCUACCGCGAUUAUUUGCGGCUGCGCAGGCGCGCUGGUGGCGCUGCAACGGGCCCAUCGGACGCAAGCGCCGGCGAAAAGCUUGUGGCCGACCCCGUCUCCUUUCUUCAGUGGACGCUCAAGCACAAGUUGGGCUGCUCCAACGCGUACGCCCACCGCCGCCGCGAGCUCGAGGAACUGCGACGCCUCCGCGAUGCGACCGGUGCGUCAGGGCCGCGUGACACACCGGUCGAGGUGACCGACAGCGAGGUGGCGGAGUCGUUCUUCACGGCGGCGCAACCCGGCGGAGUCUACUACGAAUAUAUCCGGCUAGGCGUCUUAACGGUGGUGCUGGACGGCAUCCUCUUCGUGCACGGCGGCGUGAACGGACAAAACGCCGGCUUCGUCCCGAGCCUGGCGGCGACGACGUACGCGACGCAGCUGCGGGCGGGAGAGUGGUGGCUGCCGGAGGUGCAGCCCCAACCCGUCGCGGCUGCCGUGGCAGCAAAGGAAGGAAAAGAGGAGGAAGACGCAACGAAGCGCUCUUCAUCUUUGUCGUCAUCAUCAUCAUCAUCAUCCUCUUCGUCUUCAUCUUUGUUGUGUCUCACGUCGCCAAUACCAACAGCAAAGCGGAGGUCAGCGCUGGAGUGGCUGGCGGCUCUGUCGAGCUUUAAGGACGCCGCCUUUUGGGAGUGGAUUCACGGCACGGGUCUGUGCGGCGAAGCGCUGCGCACGUACGUCUACCCGCGUGUCGUGGCGCCGCACUCCAUCGCGGUAGGCACCGUCAUGCAGCGCGACGGCCCUCAUCACAUCUGCCUCCCCGUUGCGGCGUAUUUGGUCGAGUCUGGCAUUCACACCGUCUGCGCAGGCCAUCAGCCGGUGGGCGACACCCCAGCCGUCGUGCGCCAGCCUGGCGGACUGACGAUUGUGGAUGCGGAUACGUCGUACUGUGGCCGGGGCAACGACUUCUGCACGCGCUACAACAAACGCGGCGCCGCAGUGGUGGAGUUAAUCUUUGAUAGCGGCGCCGAUGAUGAAAACAACGACAACGGUGACGACGAGGUGCCGGCGUGGACGCAAACAGCAGAGCGUGUUGAGCACCACAAACAGGCGGCACCUGCGAGCGCCGCCUCGACGCUCAUCGCGCACGGCUUCCGCGCGGAUGGCACGCCGUACGAGUUCGACCUCUACGCGGAUCUGCGCGUCGGCCGCCACGUGGGCGAUGGGUGGUGGGUGCGACUGCCGCCGUCUGCGGCGUCGUGGCCGCAUGCCGGACAGUACGAACUGCGCCGCACGCGGGACUGCUUCCGGCACGAAGAGACUCGCUGGGCCACGGCAGCUGAGGUCGACGCGUUGUUGCGGCAGGCGGCGGCGAGCGGGCAGGCGAUGGUGGAGGGCGAGAUGGCUCCGCGGUACACGACGGCCGAGCUCGCCGAGGUGCGCGUGCACCGCCUCAAGACGAAGGUGAUGCGUGCGGUGUGA